CAGCAUCUAACCAUGCAGCAGCUCAACUCAUCAAACAGCUCGCUUACCUCUCCUGUCUCAACUGAAAACCUGAUUGCCAGUAGUGUGCUGGCAGUUUGCUUCAUACUGGGAGUCCCUGCUAACAUAGCAGUAAUGGUACGUCUUUCUGGAUGGCUGAAGGAAGACAGUUUCACCCCGAGACUGAUGCUUAGCCUGGCCGUAUCAGAUCUGCUCACUCUGCUUUUUCUGCCAGUUUGGAUUUGGGCUCUUCUGCAUGGCUGGGUCUUUGGCUUGGUCCUGUGUAAGCUUCUCUCCUAUUUGGUGUACUUAAGCCUGUACUCUAGCAUGCUGUGUGUGAUUGUGAUGAGUGUGCAGCGAUACAUGCAAGUGCUACAUCCUCAGAAAUGGAACAAGCUUGGCAGAAAAGGAAAGAAGAUCCUUGUGAGUGGGAUUUGGAUCCUAAGUGGAGUAUUAUCGUCCUAUGCUCUCGUACAGCGCAAUCCAAGCUUGAACAGGGAAGGACACCUUCAGUGCAAACGAUGCUAUCGUAAUGAUGUUGAAAGAGUGGCUACUUUAAUCUGGGAGAUUACAGUUUUUGUAGUUUUGUUCCCCACACUGACUUACUUCUACUUUCAUCUUUACCGAGGAGUUAAUAACUCAGCUUUCUUUAGCAGUCAGUCAUUGACAAAGCUGGUGACCAGAAUCGUGGCAUGUUUCUUUGUUUUUUGGAUCCCGUUACAAAUCUCCAACAUUGUGAUCAUCGCUGCUGCGUUGCUUGGGAAUUACAAUCUGUUAAAAUCUGCAGAAUCAGGAGACAAUAUUACUGCAGCUCUGACUUUCAUUAACAGUUGUGUGAACCCCUUUCUGUACGCCUUCUCUGCUCGGGCUGUAUGUCAGCACACAGAUGGAACAGAAAAUGCCUAGUUACUUCAUGAUGUAGAGGCUUGAGCGAUUGUAUGUAUUUUUUUUGUGUGUAUUUUUUUUAUUUUAAUUUACCUAAUAAAAUUUGGAUAAUGCUAUAGCAUAAUUGCCUGAAACAAAGGAGUAAGUCUUACACUAAAGAUAAAGUC